AUGAUCGCAUCCGCUGUACUCGUCUGGCAGAGGAGUCCUCGCCAGGGCAGCCUGACUACUAGAGCAAUCCUGAUACUGAUGUUCAUUGCUGCGUGUCAGGGGGGACAUGGAAAACUCGGAGUCGUUCGCGUGGCUGCGAAGGGCGAGACCUUCUCUUUCUGCCUCAAGUAUUUCCCUUCGUUCAAGAGGCUACCGGAAGAUAAAUCGGAAGCGGAGCCCCGACAGCUGGUGAACAUGACCGCUCAGAAUGGGUGCCUGCCGCUGCGCAAGAUAAACCUGACCGACAAGGUGGCGCUCAUUCGUGACUUGGGACAGUGCCCACUCGAACCGUCGCCAAGAACUUCCAGAAGGUCAAGACCUACGGACGACGUAGUUUACGAAAGGCAGUCAUCCGAGUCGCUCGACAUUGUUGUCGGUUUCGUCAACAGAAGGAGCUUAUCAAAGUUGAUGAAGCUGAUGACGCCGAAGGAGCCGCUGCCCACUCAACUCUUCACAAAGGAGCCUGAAGUCGACAAAGGGCUUUUCAUUGUUUGGUGUAUCGCUACUUUCAGCGUUGCCAUGGGUGCUUUGUGGGCAGGAAUCAUCAGUAACCAGCUUUACCGUUACCAAGAGUACAAGGCGAGCCGACCUCCACCUACAGCCGAGGACUUUCAGCUCGAGAGUCAGCGGUCAAGUGUCGAAGAAGUGGUAACGAAGCCCGAGGAAAUCGACAUGGAGGACGUUGACGUGCACGUGACACCAAAGUCAAUUGUCAUGUUCGUCGCCUUCAUGUGUGGCACGUUGAUCGUGCUCUAUCUCUUCAUCCAGUAUCUCGUGUACUUGAUCAUUGGCAUGUUUGUGCUCGCCUCGACAGUGGCUCUUGUCGGAGUGCUUGAACCCUUGUUCUAUAUGGUGCCUUGCGGCACGGCAAGGCUGCCGAACUAUGCGUUUCCCUGCUUUUACGGCUCGCUGGAGGUGCGCCAGGUGUUGCUGAUCCUGUUCUCCAUCGGCCUGGCCUUUUCGUGGGUCGUAAUCCGCCACAACUCCAAGUCUUGGCUGCUACAGGACUUCUUGGGAGUCAUCUUCAGCAUCUACAUGAUCAAGACCUUGCGCCUGCCAAACCUUAUGGUUAUCUGCGUUUUGUUGGUCUUGCUUUUCUUUUAUGAUAUCUUCUUCGUAUUUGUCACGCCCUAUCUGGUGCCGAAAGGAGAUAGCAUCAUGGUGGAAGUUGCUCGAGGAAGAGGCACCGAUGAACACAUACCAAUGGUUCUGCGCGUGCCACAUUUGAGCAACGAAGACAUCAGCGCAUGCUUCGGAGAGUACUCCGUUCUCGGAUUUGGAGACAUCCUUAUACCAGGCUUUCUGGUCGCCUACGUGCGCAGUUUUGACUUGAUAGCGACCCAGGGAUGCCUCUACUACGCCACCAGCGUUACAGCCUACGGCGUCGGCCUUGUGGUGACCUUCGUUGGCCUCUACAUCAUGAAGAUGGCCCAGCCCGCCCUGCUGUACCUUGUUCCGGCAACGCUCAUUCCCGUCAUUCUCGUCGCCUGGUAUCGCGGCGAGCUUCGAGAGAUUUGGUACGGAUACAAGCCUGACACGUCACUACCUUCCGAGGAGGAAUUGGAGCCUCCCACAAUGUCGGGCAAGAGGAGAAACUCCAGCGACGAAGAAGAGCGGCAUGCCUCGUCGCGUCCCUCGGCAUUGGCCAUUGAGACGCCUGCAGAGACGUCGGUGGCUCCUUCGCGGUCCGCCAUGUUCCCCGUGCACCACUUCCAGUCUCCAGUGCCGCAUACGCGGGCAUCGCCACAGUACCAACGGCCUCCGCGUUACUUUUGA